AGUCGCAAAAAAGUGCCCGUCGCCAGAACGCUGAUCAAAAGAAAACUAAACAAAAAAAAUAAGAAAAACAGCAAACAUUUGAGAUAAAUAAAUAAAUUCGAAAUAGCAAUAGUAAGUGAGUGAAGAGCAGCCAAGAAGAGAAGCAGCCGAAAAACCGAGAGCUGCCUGCAAAAUCGAAUCUUUUGUGAGGAACAAAAAAGAAAACACACACAAAAAAAAGGAAACGCCAACACGAGAGGAUAACGAAGGCACAGCCACCCGCUAGCGUGCGACCCCCUUCCAUCAGUCCAUCAAUCCAUCAGUCGUCCAUCCAGCCAAACUAUCUUCCCAUAUCAGAUAUAUAUAUAUAUAUAUAUACAUAUCUGGACUAUCCAGAUAUCCAGGAGAGCGAAAGGAGAGCGGAAAUAGGAGCAGAAGCGGGAGCGGGAUCCAUACACAACCGACAACACAACAAACCCAAAACACACACUCCACAAAGAUGUCAUGGAGAUAUGCGCUUCUCACAGACAGAUACAGCAGCAGCAUCGGCGAUAGAUAUAGUCCCCACUAUUAUCAGUCGCCCAGCCGCUUGGAGACCUCCGAACAGACCACUGGCCGUCAGCUGCAGCGUGUCCUGCACUACUCAAUGGCCCCUAGCCGGGCACUGCCAGGACUCCGUCGCGCCGAAUGCGCCAUUCACGACGUUGACUGUGAUGAGGUCUAUCCGGGCAUCUAUAUAGGCGAUGCUGCGGCGGCCAAAAACAAAACUUAUCUGCGGAUGAUGGGCAUUACCCAUGUCCUGAAUGCGGCCGAGGGAUGUCGAUAUGGUCAGGUGGAUACAGGACAUAGUUACUACAGGGAUAUGCCCAGCAUCAGACGCAACCAUAAGGAUUGUGUUUUUAGGUACAUGGGCUUCCCCAUGGUCGAUGCCCCAACGACAGACAUCUCGCGCUACUUCUACGUGGCCUCCAAGUUCAUCGACAGCGCCAUCAGCAGCGGCGGUAAAAUCCUUGUCCACUGCCUGGUGGGCAUGUCACGUUCGGCCACCUGUGUCCUGGCCUAUCUGAUGAUCUGCCGGAAAAUGUCAGCGGUGGAUGCGAUACGCACAGUCCGUAUGCGUCGCGAUAUUCGGCCAAAUGAUGGAUUCCUGCAGCAAUUGGCCGAUUUGGAUAUGGAACUCAAGCGCAAGAAUCUAUAUCCCUAUUAAGAGAGAGAGAGAGGGAGAUCUUUGGGAUUGAGUUAGAAGAUACAACCAAAGAGAGAGGGGCUUGAUUCUUCAAAGAAUCCAGCAAACUAACCAAAAAAAAAAAAGAAAAAAAUAAGAUUAUUAUUAUGAAAAAUGAAAAAUGAAAAGUGAAAAAAUGAAAAAUCGUUGUUCUAAACAAAAGAUAAAACUUGAAGCCUACAAAGCUAACGACUUAUAAUGGUAACUUGGUCUUCUGAUAUAUAUAAACUGUUCAUCCCCAAAACUGUAUAAUCACGGCAUAUACCAUAUAUAUUGUAGGAUAUAUAUAUAUAUAUAUAACCAGACGACAGAAGGGAAUCAAGUUAUCUCCACUAUCACGAUAAAAAAAAAAUGAAAAAGAAAACUCACACUUAGAGACCUAGAUUGGUAGAGCCACGAUCGUAGAGCAAUAUGUGCUAGACGAUCAACCUAUAUACCUUGCCUAUAUACCUUAGACAUACACAGAUUUAUAUACAUGUAUUCCGGAUCCACAUCUAUGCGUAUAUAUAUAUAUUUUCUAAGGCUCAUCUGUGUUAACGUUCUGUUCCAUCUCCAUUAUCUCCAUUAUCUCCCAAAUCCCUAACAUAAUAUCCAAACUUCUAUAUCCUCAAUUCCCCUCUAUAUAGCAAUCCCAACUCUUCCAUAACCAAAACAUAUAUAUAAGAAGAGCUGAAACUAGAUCAUGAAACAAACCAGAUACAUAUAUAUAUAUAUAUAUAUACUGAUAUAUAACUGUGUAACGGAUAUACAAGCAUGCGUUAUAUACACCUAUAUAUACCAUAUAUAUAUAUAUAACUAUAUACACCAAGUGUGGACAAUGUAAUAAAACCAAAUUCAUAUUUUCUAGAACAUGUACCAUGUUUAAGAGCAGAAACAAAAAUAACUAAACCAAAUCAAACGAGCAGAACAAGUAACUAAAAACUAAAACUAUACCUAAGAAGUGAUUAAUAAUAAACAAACAAAAAAAAAACAACAAAAAACAAAAACAAACUAAA